AUGUCAGGUGUGAAGGAUUUCUCUUGUAUCGGAGGUUUGGAGAAGCAUAUCAGGGUGGUGAAAGAGACGGUUCUGUUCCCGCUUUUGUACGGCGACGUUUACGCCAAGUUCAACCUGAAACCGCCGAGGGGCUUACUCUUUUACGGGCCUCCUGGAACAGGGAAGACGCUGGUGGCUUCCGCUUUGGCGGCGGAAUGCAGCAAUUCCGAGCGUAAGGUUUCCUUCAUAUCUCGCAAGGGCUCCGACUGCCUCAGCAAAUGGGUCGGGGAGAGCGAGAAGAAGCUGCAGAAAAUAUUUUCUCUGGCCCAACAGUCGAAGCCUUGCAUCAUCUUCUUCGACGAGGUCGAUGGAUUGGCACCUGUUAGAUCUAGUCGACAAGAUUUUGUGCACGCCAGCAUCGUUUCCACUCUCCUAGCCUUGAUGGAUGGCCUGGAGAACAACUCCGAGAUCAUAGUAAUUGGGGCGACGAACAGGAUCGACGCUAUAGAUCCUGCGUUGAGAAGACCAGGUCGAUUCGACAGAGAGCUGUACUUUCCCUUACCGUGCUACAACGCGAGAAAGGAAAUACUCUCGGUACACAUCAAAAGUUGGAAGAACAAGCCGCCGCAGAAAUUUUUGGCGUGUCUGGCAUCGAAGACGAUUGGAUUUUGCGGUAGUGAUUUGCAAGCAUUAUGCGCUGAAGCCGUUAUGUGCUGCGUUAGGAGGAACUAUCCGGAAAUAUACACGUCGAAGGCCAAGUAUCAGAUCAACGAACGUCAUCUGAAAGUCGAGAAGCAAGAUUUUCUAAGGGCUCAGCAGAACAUAGUGCCAGCAUCUCAUCGCGUUUCAGUCGCACCUGUCAAGUCUCUGUCGUUUAAGAUUCAGCCUCUGCUGCAGGAUAAUUUGUCACGUAUACUGUCUCAACUCGACAUUCUUUGUCCAACUGGAAUGUUGAUUUGCGACGUCAUCACUGGAAAGGCAUCGUCCAGGUCGACCAGUUGUCCAAGGAUCUUAUUGUGCGGGGAUGAUGACUCCCAUACUCGUCAUCUGGGACCUGCGCUGCUCCACACAUUGGAGCACCUUCCUUGUCACGUGCUGGACGUUACCACUUUGUUCGAGGAAACGGGAAGAGCUGCCGAAGAAGCUAUCAUUCAAGUAACUGAACACGACAAGUUGUUACAGAUAUAG